UAUCCCAGCAGCGUCAGCGUCACAGGGUCCAGUCAGGCCCAGCCAUAACAAUGCAGCAGUUCAGCGGACCUGCUGCGUCUAGCUAGCUUUAAAAUAUUAAAAUCAUUAUUAGCCGUUAAAUUAAACUGUAAAUUCACCGCCCGGUGUUUUGCUUCGGUCACGGUGAGUCGCGUCGUUUCAACGGCCAGUUGUGUCCGCAGCUGUCGUGGCUUCUCCCGGUGCUGUUUGUGUGUUCUUCUCGGUGACGGUUGGAAAUGGAGUCGGCUAACGGGCGGCUGAGAGCGGCGGAGGGGAGCGGCUGAAAACACGGAGGAAAGAUAAAAAUAGGAGAAGCGAGAGGGCGGGAAAGAAGUGGGCCGCGAAGUUACAGAGAGGCGGAUUAAAUAACGUCCUGGUCGGUAGACUGGUAACAUGGAGGAGUAGGCACCUGACGCUAUCGGGCUCCUCCGACGGACGGUUCGCUCUCACCGGGGAGGAUCACCAUGGCCCCGGGCUCUCUGGUGGCGGCCUGCCGCAGCCUGGCCCUCUCUACGUGGCUGCUCUCCUUCUGCUUCGUCCACCUGCUGUGCCUGGACUUCACCGUGGCCGAGCGGGAGGAGUGGUACACCGCCUUCGUCAACAUCACCUACAUGGACCCGGCCACCUCGGAUUUCCGCACCGAGAAGACGGAGUGCGGGCGGUACGGGGAGCACUCUCCGAAGCGGGACGCCAAGGGGGUGGUGGUGCUGCCCGCAGCCCCGCACGACCGCCAGGCCUGCGACCCCAACACCCGGUUCGCGGUGCCCGCACAGGCCGGGGCCUGGGUGGCGCUGAUAGCCCGGGGCAACUGCACCUACAAGGACAAGAUCCGCCACGCCGCAGCCCACAACGCCUCGGCGGUGGUCAUCUUUAACGUGGGGUCCGCCAAUGUUAACGAGACCAUCACGAUGCCUCAUCCAGGUACAGGUGAGGUGCUCGCCAUCAUGAUCCCGGAGCCAAAAGGCCGCGAGGUCGCGUUGCUGCUGGAGCGCAAUGUGACGGUCACCAUGACGAUCACCAUCGGGACGAGGAACCUGCAGAAGUACGUGAGCAGGACGUCCGUGGUGUUCGUGUCCAUCUCCUUCAUCGUGCUGAUGAUCAUCUCGCUCGCCUGGCUCGUCUUCUACUACAUCCAGAGGUUCAGAUACGCCAACGCACGAGACAGGAACCAGCGUCGACUCGGCGACGCGGCGAAGAAAGCGAUCAGUAAGCUGCAAGUUCGCACCAUCAGGAAGGGCGACCAGGAGACGGAGGCCGACUUCGACAACUGUGCCGUCUGCAUCGAAGGCUACAAGGCCAACGACGUGGUCCGCAUACUGCCCUGCAGACACUUGUUCCAUAAGAGCUGUGUGGAUCCGUGGCUGCUGGACCAUCGCACGUGUCCCAUGUGCAAGAUGAACAUCCUGAAAGCCCUGGGCAUCGCUCUGAACGCAGACUGCCUGGAUGACCUCCCGCUGGAUUACGACCUGGGCGGUGUGGGCGGGGUGGGUGUGGGUGGCGUCGGGGCCCUGGCCCUGGAGGCCGUGGUGUCCGGGGCGUCCAGUGACGGCACGCUGAGCGAGGGCGGCUCCUCCGUGGUGCUGGACCCCGGUGUGAGACGGGUGGGUCUCCCGCAGGAUUACCAGGACCCCGACACGCUGAGAGACAGCCCUGUGACGGCCACCACCGACACACACACAGGUGAGCUCCAGCCGAUGGCGAGCAGCGCCUCAGUGGCGUCCUUGGUCAUCACCGUUGAAACGGGUCUCUCGGACGAGGAGGGGUCCGUGGAGCCGUCUCAGCCGGGGGACAAGUCCUGAGACGAGCUCAACAGAACCAAACCACAACCAAAGCAGACUCCGGAAAACAACUAAAACCCACAACCAGCACCGGUGUUCGUGUCUUUCUCUUUGGACCCGUGUGACACAGAACCAGACGACUGGUCUGACCCGGGUGGACUCCUGGUGAGGAGCCGGGUCUAGACUUUGACGGGUUUUCACAAAGUGGAUCCAACGUAGUGUGUGUGACGGUUUAAUCUGGACUCACCGGACCUGGUUUGGUUUGGUUUUUUAAGUCUCCUUCUGGACACUUGGCGGGUUGGACCCAGAACCUAACCUGGUGUUGUCCAGUGUGUUUACCUUGGUCUUCCCCUCGGCGCCCUUCGGUUUAAGCAGGUGUGUGUUCCACCUGGGAUAUUUACUCUACCUGUCUGUUGUCGCUUCGUGUUCCAGGUCUUUCUGGGUCCUUGAAUAUAAAUCCAGACUUUCAUGUAAUCUGGACGUUAGUGACAUUAUGGACUUUAUGACGGAGUCUCCACCUUCACCCCCGGAGAACUCGAGGAUCCUCGGUUCUCGUGUGCAAAGUGAAGAACCGGAGACGGUCGGCUGCCAAAAGAUAAUUCUCCCUUCGAAGGUCAACACUCUGCAUCCAGGAGCCGAGCCGACCCUGCGUAUUUCUACCUGCUCUCGUCUCCAGUGUUGUGAACGCUGCACAACACCUGCACCACCUGACGGAGUCACUUCCUGUCCUCCUCUGGAUUCUUGGAAGCUUUAAUCUCUGGUUAAUUUGGCUCAUUUUGAUUUGCCUGCCAACAUGCCAGGUGCUGUAGCUUAACGUGUGACUUUUACUUUGAAAGGACACAGCGUCUGUGCGCCGUGGACCCGGUUGAUUUCCUCCCUGGUGUUCUGUCGGUAUCACAGCUACAGUCGGACUGCAGUGUAGAAACUACACGCAGUGUUUUAGCUUUCUCUGUUUUUGCCCGUCGGUAUAACGCGAGGCUGUUUUAUCUGCAGUGUUUGGGUCGGAAGCUUUCUGUCUGCGGCCGUGGUUCCAAACAGGGUUCCUGGAAAACCAGAACUACUCUGGACCCGCAGGGACGUGCAGAAUCUAUACAAGGUGACACGUUCUGUGAAGCACAGAUGGAAACAAGUCAAAUGUAUGAAACUAAUCUUGCAGCGGAGAAAACGUGAACUAGAGAAGUGCCGCCGUGAUGGAGGAAGGUUCCAGCUGCAGCGCCAUCUGCUCUCAAAGACCUUCUCUCGUUACAGCGUUGAGAAACCGCGGGGCGCACUCUGCAUGUUUUUAUCUGCCCUUCGUUUACGCACACUGUACGCAACAAUCGACCGACGCUCAAGUUCCUGUCCAGUGGCAAUUUAAAUAAAGUUUAACAAUGUUGUCACAGGGAGAAUAAAAUGACCACGAACAGGCUGAAGGUCGAGGAUGCAAAGACUCCUUCAUCGUGCGUCCUGAGCCGCGUAGGAACUCCGUCUAUAGCGUUUGUUUUUACCGUGCGUCCGUCUGCCUGACCACACGCGUCCAUUACCACGGCCUCAUGCUGCCUUUUUAAAAACACCUUGACCUUUUUAACCCCGACAAUCAAAGAUGGGAUCUGUUACCUGCUCGUCUGGGAUCUUUUCUCUUCAGCGAACACACAAGCUGUUUCUCAAACCCGCCGUCUGUCCACCACAAACGGCGUUAGCUGCCAUUACCGUUCCCAGAGUUUUAAAUUUAAACGCCACCAAAGCGAGCUGUGAAAGACGACAGAGACCCAGAGGCGUCGACGUGCAGUUUAGCAAAGACUCCCUCCCUGCGUCAGCGCGCGUGAAGGUCGCUCUGACGCCGAGCGUGUAAAUAUAAAAUGUAUAUUCCACGUGUGACGACGCCAAACUGGUGUGAGACUGCGUGGGGCUGCGGUCGCGUGGUGGCUUCUCUGGCGCCAAGAGAGAUAAAGAUUGUCGUCUAUUUUGAUACCAGAGGAGACGUUUAUUUUUGUAACGAAGACACCCAGCAGCCAAGACUGACCCCCCCCCCCCCCCCCCCCCUCCCUCGUGACCCCCGGCCUGGUGAGCCUCAAUGUGAGUUUUGAUCAGGCAGAUUUAAGUGUUGAUUAUCUGUGUAACUGUACACACACGCACACACACACACACACACACACACACACACACACACACACACACACCUGAUUGUCUCCUGACUCUGAACAUCGACGGCUCUGCGAGUUCUUCAGACGCAACAAGCCUCCAAAAUAAGAACAAACCGGACAUAAUUAUGGGAUUCGUAAGAACUUCCUUUUACUCUCAGAAACCAGGAAGUGCUUUUAAGUUUCUUCGUCCUUCGCUUCAUCGUUCAGUCACCGAGUAUUUAACAAACACGUGAGCUGGUGCAGAUCUGCUGUAACAUAACGAUGGAUGAACGCCUGGUCGUCAGCGUGAAUCAUGUUUCACUUAAAGUCACGUCCUUUGUGGCGUACGCUUUAUUCUCAAGGCCUUCACCGAGUAUCAUGUUUUAUUUUCACACAUGCACUGUCGACCUCUUUUAAUGUGACGUCUGCUGCACAGAGCUGAAGUGAAGCGUCUCGUCGAGGAGACCGAGGCUGCUGUGGCACGUUGGGCCGGAACACGUGUCUGAGCUCGCCGGUCCCUUUGAAUCCACGUUUUACAGUUUCUAUUCAACAUUUUAUAGAAAAACGGUCAAACUCACGUCGGCUCUAGUUUAGAAGAAUCAGUUACAUGAAUACUGCAGGACGUUAAGUGUUGCUGCGCUUCCUUCUCGACUUCACGCUGUAACGAGUAAACGUGCAGUAAGUACAGAACUGUUGCCGCCUCUACAACCUUUUUAUUUGGUUAAAAUUAUUCGUGCCACUAAAUAUGACGACCAAAUUCAACCCGUUUACUUUCAGAGACGAGAACUUGUGACUCUUAAAUACGACAUCUUGUAAUUAUGAGAUCAAUCCUGACGAGUUAUUUUCUAUACGUGUUAAAAUGGGACCUCGUGUCACAGCCAGUAAUGACGUCUGAUUGGUUCUUUGUUUUCCUGCUCCCGCCUCUCCUCGCAGCCCAUUGGCUGUUUCCCCCGGCUGCCGUGUUUUGAUUGGUUGCGCAGCCUCUUCUGUUGAUGCACUUUAAUUCUGUUUCUCUGGAAGGUUCUGGAAAAGCGACGUUGUACUUCCUCCCGUCAUUUAGAUCUUCCUUCUCUUAAGACUUCUUUGUUUUCGGGAUUGUUUUGUGCGAUGAUGUUAAAAAUAGGAUCGAGAACCGAUCUGGAAAAUGUUUCCUGGUCCUUUUUUAAAAUGUAUUUGUAGUCCGACGCCAUUUGUUUUGCCAUAUAUUGUUAUUUGUGUUGUAGUUUCUGCCCCUGAGCUGGAAAUAUACAUUUAAUCUCACAUUUCUUACAACUGGCCAUGAAAGCAAAGUGUUUAAACCGUCGUCUGAAGAACUUAAAAUUCUGACGCAAAACUUAUUUUAAGUGGAUUUGAAUCAAACUUCUGUUUAAAUUAGUUGCAGUUCCUUCCGGAGAGACGGUGAAAGUCGCCGCUAACGCGCCUGCGGCGUGACAACAGGGUGUGAGACGGUGUCACAGAGCGUCUGUUGUCCUGUGCACGCUCACACAACGUCCCUACACACACACACACACGUGUAAAUACGAGGCGGCGUGACGCCAUGUUGUUUUCUGUGUUUCAGUUGUUGCACGUGUUCUGAUUCAGGACAGAAUUUAAAUAAAGUUUUAAUGCAA